CUAAAUUCAGCUCUUAGAAACUGGAACUGAGAAGGCGCAGGUCUUCAGAGAUACCUUUUUAAACAAGGCGAUCAAAUUUGUUGCGUUUCAUUUUUGGAGUUUAAAUUAGACUCUGUCUAUCAACAGCCGGUAAGUCCAAUUCGGUGACACUUUCCCAGUAUUUCCCAGCGUAUCAUCAAAAGUUUGUUUUCGAAGGACCGCCUUUAAUACCAAUGGCACUUUCGACUCUCAGAACCGUAGCAUCCCGCUUAACGCUUUCAGGCCAAGUGUCAGCCCCACUCCGGAGUGUGUUGUCUUCAAACUGGUCACGUGCACAGGUGAUAGCGUCAGCAGCCGCCACCAAGAAUACAACGUUGGUGCAGCAUCGCUCAAAAUGCACGGACUGCGCUAAGAACUGCGGCCAUUGCAACAAACUUUCAGCGUUCAAACCCGCCGUCAGACACGCACAUGCUCAGACACAACCCGCCAUCAAUACUGCGGAUGAGAUCGCUUCAGUGGCACGCAACACCGAUAAGGAUUGGUUCGAGAUCACCUGGAAAGAUGGCUUCGAGGGAAAGUACCCUUAUGCUUGGAUACGGGACAACUGCCGCUGCGAUGAGUGCUACUACCCAAGCUGUCACCAGCGGUCCAUGCUGAUGUAUAACAUGGACCCUAACGUGAAACCGGUGCACGAAGAACUCAAGGACGGCGGAAGAACCUUCCAGAUCAAGUGGACGGAUGACCACGUGAGCCCCAUCCCGGCAGAAUGGCUGAAGAUGCACCGCUUCGAUAAGACCGACUUUGACGUAGUGCGGAAGGUUAAACAGGUGUCAUGGGGGUCAGAGUUCACCGACAAGAUUCCCUCGUUCGACUACAAAGACAUCAUCAAUGAGGACCAGGCGCUGUAUUCGUGGAUGGAGAGCCUGGUCGGUAGGGGCCUCGUCAUUGUCAGAAACGCCCCUCAUGAUGAGAUGAACGUGCAGAAUAUCUGCGAUAGGGUUGGCUACGAGCGCUUCACCUGCUACGGGUCCGACUUCCGAGUGGAGAAUAUCUUUGAAUCGAGCAGCUUGGGCUUCACCACAGCCGCAUUGGGCCUGCACUUGGACCUGCCCUAUUAUGACUACCGCCCAGGUGUUCAGUUUCUUAACUGCUUGCGCCAGUGUGAGGUCAAAGGUGGCGAAAGUCAGUUCGUGGAUGCCAAACGAGUCGCAGAGACGCUCAAGAAGGAGGAACCGGAAUGGUACGAGUACAUGACCAAUGUCAAACUUGAUUUCCGGCUCCUCGGGAUCGACUAUAUCGACUCGCAUCUGCAACAUGCAAGGAACUUGAUAGAACUUGACGAACAAGGUGAAUUCAAGACUUUGGCGUACAAUGACCAAACUCGCUCUCCAUACAUGAACGUCCCGGUGGAAGAGGUGAACAAGAUCUACCAAGCUCUCAAGAAGUUCAACGAAUUCCUUUACAGAAAGGAGAACUUCAUCGACUACAAGCUCCAGCCAGGUGAAAUCAUCGCCUUCGACAAUAACCGUGUGAUGCACGGACGCAGUGCAUACACUGUCAAGUAUGUUGACGGGGAGGAUCAUUCCAGGCUUCUCAUUGGUGGAUUCCUAGACUGGGAUGAGAUCCAUUCGCGCAUGCGCCUUCUCGAUGAGCGCAUGAAUGGCACACCAAGGCUGUAAAAGGAUGUGACAUCGACAAUUGGGGGCGUCCUUGUGUUGUAGCAUAAUGAGUAAAGAGAUGUACUGAUGCCUAUAACGUUGGAUUCAAUUUUGUUUACCUCUUUUCAUGAAAUAAUUGGUACAAUAUUAUUUUAGAAAGACAAAUUUAAUAUCUUCUCAAAACUUUACCUAUAAAGAAUAAAUAGUAUUCUCAUAAUCAUGAAAACUGGUAAAAACAGAUUCCCACUAUAUGGGCAACAGUUCUGUUACGUCAACAGAAUUUGUGCUCGUUAAGAGGUCGAAUGCGUGGAGCACCAAAUUAAAAUAGCUCCCUCCUUUUAAUAUUAUUUUGUUGGGAGGAAAUUACUGUUUUAGCUCCAUAAAUUGACCUUUGAGCGCUUAAGUGUGUGUUUGUGUGUCCUAAUCCUAUCUCCCUCUCUCUCUCUUUUCUC